GAUCGCUGCGACCAAUCAGCGUUGAGCAGCGAGAAGUGAAUCAUGGUCGUCGUGAUAAUAAACCUCGCUCGCUAAUUUUCAGCACAAUUGGCCGCAAUUAGUGGAUAUUUCGCGCUGCAGAACGUUUUGAAUGAUCCACAAUGGUAAAGCCAAAUGCAGGGAGUCUCUCAAGGACCGGCAGCAGCGUCGGGCAGGACAAUUCUCGAGGAAGAUCUUCCGGACCUCCGAGCUCGAACACUGACGAUUUGUCUUUUGUCGUCAUCGAUUCCCAAAGCCCUCAAAGUCAUGGGUCAAAUGGAUGUCCGUCCUCCUUGAAUGGAAAUUCCUUGAUGCCAUCAAUGCCCAGUUUAUCCAGUCCAAAUAAUAGCUUGGCCUCGAGUUUGCAAUCAAAUGCUGAGGAACUGAACAUGCAACUGCAGGAAGUGCUGAAAGAUAAGAUUGAGCUGAGAGAAACUCUGAGGCAAAAUAACCUGGCAAUGAAGCAGCAUUUUGCAACUGUGGAGACUUGGCAAGACGAGGUGCAGGGCGUCCUGCUCAGCCACAAAACCAAAUUCGAGGAAAUGAAAUCCAUCAUUUUGAAGCUGAAAAAUGAGAACAAAAGUUUGACGGCCAAGGUGGUGGAUCAGCCUAAAUUUGACGAAACUCUGAAGGAAAAUGAAGAUUUGAAAAACAAGUUGCACGACGUGGAAAGAAAACUGAGCAACCACCAAGCUCUGAUGAAAGAAAAUGCCUCCUUGAAAGAUCACAUCGCCGAGCUGGAGCAGAAAAUUGCUGGGGGCAUGUUGGCGACGGAGGCGCAGGAAAGGGCCGAGCUGAGGUUGAGAGAGUUGUCCGAAGAACGGGUGAUGUGGUUGAGAGACAAGGAGGAGCUCCAGAAUAGGGUCAUUUUGCUGCAGGAAGAACUGACCUCGGUUCAUGCCGAUGGAUUUGUUGUUUUAAACAGUGAGACGCAGAGGGAAACCAACCCUGAGGAGAAGAAACAACUUCUGGGUCCUCAGGAGAAGUUGAACAAUUUCUACGCUGCCAUGGACAAGUACGAGGAGAAAUUGAUGGCCUCUUACAAAACACUGGAAAGUCAAGUUGAUAGUUUUGCGGCCGUUUAUAACUGGUUGGACGAAACGAGAUCGAAAUUGCCGUGCUCGUCGUCAAGUCUCUCUGAAGUAGGAACAUUGAUGGAAAUGGUAUCUCUGAGCUUGAGAGAGGCUCAGAAUAGUAGUACGGGACACAGAUUGAGAUUGGAGGAAGCCAGUCAGCAGCUGGGAAGGCUGAGCAGUGAUUUCCAAGGAUUGCUGCAGGAAUAUUUGGCUCUGAGCAACGAACUGAAAAAUAAUAAGGACUUGUGCCAGCAGACGGUGCAAUCAAACGAGCUGCAAGGAAAGGUCGAUCAUUUGUCGUCGCAGCUUUUGGAUGCCAGGGAAAAACUGACACUGAAGGAGAAAAGUUUGACUCAGCUGAAUGUGACCCUGGCCAAGAAGGAGGCAGAAAUAACACAUCUGGCGCUGGAGAUGCAGAAAAAAUCCAACGAGCCCUCUCAGGAGAUGAAGGAGCAACUGGACCACAUGACAGCGCAGAUGUUCGAAAUGAAGGACAUUCUGGAGCAGAAGGACCGCAACUUGGAAAAGCAGAAUUCGACUAUUGCUGUGAAAGAUGCUAAAUUGGCUCAGAUGGAACUGAGAGUUUCCCAGGCCGAGACGAAAGCCACACAAAAAGAGACGGAGGUGCUCACUAUGCAGAAAAAACUGCAAAGUGUGGAGCAGAGUGCCGAUGCCCUCAAAGCUCAAGCUGAAGUUUACAAAAUGGACUUCGACGAAGAGAGAGAAUCAAGAGAAAAGCUGGCUGCAGAUAAAGAAAAAAUUGCAGACGAACUUCGAGCUGCUCAGCAGGAGAAUCAGCGAUUGACAGCUGAAAUGCAAGCCCUUAAAAGCAGCCAAAGCCAGCCGAGCAUAGUUCCUAGCGCUCCAUCAGUCACUCCAAACACCAGUACUUCAAGACCUCAGGCGCACAAUUACAACACCAUUGCCACGCCAGGAAGGUCCCGAGGAAGCUGGCUGACUGACAGUUUUGAAAGCGGUGACCAGCGGGAACAGCCCAAAUACGAGUGCCCAUUUUGCAAACUUGUGUUCAAGAGUUUACACCCACUGGAGAACCAUGUUGAAUUCUGCGUCAAUGUUGAAAUGUUCCCGUAGUUGUGCUGGUGCCCAGAUUUGACCACAUAACCACUCAAGUCGUUAAAAACUGUUACUCCUCCUCCUAUACAUGAGUUGUGUUUUACUUACAAGAUAUUUUAAUAGUGAUGACUAGAAAGUAAGGUAAAUAGUUAAGAGUUCAAAAGUCAGCAAUACAAAUCUUGCAAUGUAUAACAUUAAUUCUUUGAUGCACAAAUAUUUCAGUUAAUAUUUGUGAAAAUUUAUAUUUGCAGGUUAUUAAAUUUGUUCAAAGUAUAUAUCUGUGCAAUAUAAGAAAAUCAGGACUUCCCAAUCUUGCCUGGACCUUAUAAAGGAUUUAAAUGUGCAUUGAGAUUAUGAGAUUUUUAAAAUUUGUACAAAUUUAUAGAAUCCCCCUGAUGUGUAUGUUAUAUUUUGGUUUCAAAUAAUGUUUUUUAUUAACUAAGCAAAAAUUAUGAAAUUGUAAAUGUUUUAGCAGUGCCAUUAUAUCAUUGGUGCCAUUUUUUUAAUGCAAAGGCACACUGUAUUUUAGCCCAAGGGCGGAAAGACUAUUAAUAAUUCACAGUCAUUUAAUUCAAACUAAAAUAUAUGUUUAGGAUAAUGCGGGAUAAUCUUAUGAAUAACAAUAAAAGAAUAACG